AUGGGUAGAUUAUAUCACUUGAUUAUACUAAUUUAUGUGACUUUUAUAAUUUGCUUCUUUAUUCAAUUUGUUGAAAGCAAUGAUCAAUCAAUGGUGCACAGACAGCGAAGAUAUUUGAGUUUUCGAAACGUAUCACACAUCUUCAUCCGCCUGAACUUCAAAGUGAACAUGGUCCCUUGGAACCAGAUUUUUGUCCAAGCCCUCGGUUUCCGAAUGAAUUGGGAUGACCCGCCCGAUUCUUUUCAUCCCUAUCAUCGCCUAAAUCGACGUGAUGUAUUUAUGAGUAUGGAGACGUUAUUGAACAGGAAUGGCUUGGAAGGCUUCCAUUGUGUCCGACGAGCGAUAUGCGAAGUUAAUCAAAUGGAUGAAACAAAUGCGAUUUAUUUCAAAAUACUGAAAAUGAUAUUUAGGGAAAAUUCGUCAGAAACGGCAAAAUGGCACGGCCAUGCACAAGAAGAUUGUCAAAUCUCUAUCAGUUCUUGUCCAUUUUCAUUACUUGAGGUUUCGCCAUACACUGAUCUUUAAAAAUGUUAAAGAAUGUUUAUCUUUUUGCAAAAUUGUGUAUUUGUUUCGAAAUAAGCAUUAUAAUAUCAAUUAUUCGAUAGUAAAAUU